AUCACAGUCACCCACCAUAAUUAACCUAUUUUCGCAGAUGGAAUCGAAAGAGAUGUGUUGGUAACAAAACAGAAUGGAAGAGAUCUCAAACAAACUGUCUCCAAUAUUCAAUAAGCUACUUGGGAGUCAAGUAAUCGAUCGCGUAUUGGGCAAAGAUGGAACAGAGGGCUCAGAUGUGGUAGGACAACAAUCUACACCAACUAGCGGAGCAUCUUCAAAUUCCUCGUGUACGCUGGAACAAAUCAAAUCUGGACCACUUGCCGGACAAUGUUGGGACAUGACUGUACGACAUUCCUCUAGCAGAUACUCACAUGGCCGUCAGCUGGGAAAACUUGAUCCUCGUCUUUACUUGAGUGAGGAAGGCGAAGAUUUAUACGACAUUACGCCAGGGCAUUUGGGUCGUAUAUGGUUUACCGUUUCCUAUUCUCGUUCAAGUGAACUACUAAAGGUCACAAUUCACAAAGCGAGAAAUCUGAGAAAAUGGUCCGUUUUUGGAUCCCUUAUGCCCGACCAAUCACAGAUCGUUACCCAGAACGAGGACUGUUUGCUCCAAGAUUUUCGUGUGAAGCUCUUCCUUGAACAAGCCGAGCGAAAGUUUCAUAUGACCGCAACAAAAAAACAGACGGACAAUCCAGAUUUUAAUGAACAAUUUUGUUUUCAAGUUGCUGCGCAUGACCUAGGACAGCAAACACUACGAAUUCUUGUCCUUGGACUGGACAAAAGACGCCGUUGCAAACUGAUUGGCUAUGCUACUUAUGGUCUUUCAACUCUGGUAAACAACACAUCUGACGAUCAAGAAAUACGCACCUUUAGAGAUCUUCAGCUAGAUGAUGAGAGUGGCAUUUCGGCCAAUCCCCAACUGUUGGUUGCCCUCACCUAUUUUCCUACAACCGAACGUUUAAUUGUUGGCUUGUUUGAAUGUCGAAACUUGCCACUUAAAGAAAAUGGACUGCCGAUUGACGUGUAUGCCAAAGUGGUGCUCUACCAGGGGCUCCAGGGAAAGGAACUAAAAUCCAAACGCACAGAGGCUCUUGGAACGCGAGAUAGCUUUGACGAAUCAUUUGUCUUCCAAAAGAUACCGGAUCCCACAAAUAUUAACUUACGAAUAACGCUGGUUCAACAUGGGUUUAUAGACAAGCAAAUUUGUUUUAUCGUUCUUGGUGGGGAACUGGUAUCCAAAGGUCGAGGAGUUCUACACUGGUCCGCCAUGCUUGAACACCCAGACAAACAAGUAUCCGAGUGGCAUGAACUUCAACUUUUCUAACGCAUCACAUCAUGCUUCCCCACCUCUUUGUUUUUCAUUUACAAUUUGAUUUGAUCUCCCCUCAUCCAGCUGACCAUAUCUCCGUCAUACAUCCAGUGUACUAGAAAACUACUGUUUCGGUGACAUUUUUUGGUGUUUCCGAAACGGAAGC